AUGCUGCCGGUGAACAAAAUUGCGCAUCGUCUUUGCUUUAUGAUGAGUAGGACUUUGUAUAUAACGUGUUGCUGUGGCUGUUGCUCCGCACUUCGGCCAAGAUACAAACGUUUGGUUGACAAUAUAUUCCCCGCGUUACCACAAGAUGGCCUCGUCAAGUCAAAUAUGGAGAAGCUUACGUUCUACUCACUCUCCAGUCCGGAGAAACUCGAUAGAAUCGGGGACUACCUCUUUCAAAAGGCUUCGAGGGAUAUUUAUCGGCGACGACAUGGGUUCGUAAUAAUAGCCAUGGAGGCAAUGGACCAGCUGCUCUUAGCGUGUCACUCGCAGACUCUCAACCUCUUCGUAGAGAGCUUCCUCAAAAUGGUGCAGAAGUUACUGGAGUCCACAGACCCUCAACUACAGAUACUUGCGACGCAGAGCUUCGUCCGUUUCGCGAAUAUAGAAGAGGAUACGCCAUCAUACCACCGUCGGUAUGACUUCUUCGUGUCCAAGUUCUCUGCCAUGUGUCACAGCAAUCACACAGACAAACCCACACGAGAUAGUAUACGACUCGCCGGCAUAAGGGGGUUGCAGGGGGUCAUAAGGAAGACCGUGUCUGACGAUCUGGUGGAGAAUAUUUGGGAGGCUCAACACAUGGAUAAGAUUGUGCCUUCGUUGUUAUAUAAUAUGCAGGGCGCAGAGAAAUACGAAACGGUGUCGUGUCUGGAGUCAGAGACGGACACGAGGGAAGGGAUAGAGGAACCGCCCAAACUGGCCGAAGCCUGUCUCCGGGAAUUGGUCGGGAGAGCCUCCUACGGACACAUCCGAUCAGUUCUACGACCCGUACUCACGCAUUUCGAUCGCCAUGAGCUGUGGUUGCCGUGCGAUUUCGCCGUUCACAUAUUCAAGAUUAUCAUGUUCUCUAUUCAGGCGCAGUACUCGUACAGCGUGGUGGAGGCCUUGAUGCAGCACUUGGACGCCAGUGGAGGCGGGUCAGGCACGCGUGUCCGCGCCGCUCGAGCCACAGUACUUAGUAAUAUCGUAGCUAUCGCCGCCGGUGAUAGUGUUGGUCCGUCGGUGUUGGAAAUAAUCAACAAUCUCCUGACAAAUCUCCGAGCCUCAGUAGCUCGAGAUUCCGAAAAAGAGUCCGACGAGCGUCUCUACCAAGAGGCCUUGAUCAACGCGUUGGGCGAGUUCGCGGACCACUUGCCCGAUUUCCAGAAGAUAGAUAUUAUGAUGUUCAUCGUCAGCAAAAUACCGAGCGGCCGAGGGAAGCCCACCAAGGCCGAUUGUAUGCUGCAAAGCAUUCUGCUCAAGUCCCUGCUCAAGGUGGGAACGACGUACAAGACGACGGAGCUGAGUAAAGCCUUCCCCGCGGCUUUCCUCGAGGCCCUGCUGCGCGUGUCGAGCACCAGCGAGGCUCGCACCAGGGCCUUGCUGCAGAGGAUCCUUCACACGCUGCUCGACAGACGGGCGAACGCCCCGCUGCUUCUCGUGCCCACGGUGCAGUAUGAAAAACUAGGCUUGACAGUGGAAAAAUGCUCCCGACCUGACCUGAUCUUCAUCAGCAAACAUGGCCACGCUAUCUUUAGCUCGCUGUAUGAAGGGCUCCAACUCGAAUCGAACACGGCCGAGAACAUAUCGGCCAUUUACACGACCCUAUCUCUGCUCGCCAUCGAGCUGGCCUCCGAGGAAACCGUCUGCGACAUGCUUCAACUCAUUCUGGCCAUCCAACAGUCGGCGAUAUCGAACCCGGUACUGUCUACGGCUCAGCAGUGUCAGCUCCACGCCAUAACCGUUGCGCUAGCGGCUUUAGUCCCGCACGUGCUGGCGCUGCCGCCGCUCGGCGAUUAUAUUAAACAGAUAAUAGAAGCUCGUCGCGAAGAAGCCGAGCACAUGUUGCCGCCCCUCUCGGACGACUACGACGUGUCGCCCAACAAAUUGCCCAACAAGUUGCCCUACCUGAUGAUCGACCAGAUGGCGCUGGGCGAGUGCCUGAAGGCGUGCGGCAUCGAGCCCAGCCGCCUGCAGACCGCGUCCCCCUACUCCGGCGGCACGGCCGUCGGCCUCGCCCACCGCCACAGCUGGGUGGAAGCCGGAGCCACGCAGGGCAGGGACAGCCUGGCCGACAUCUCCGCGGGGCCCGUCACCGAACUCGACAGCGCCAACAGUUCCCCCGGAGUACAGAGGCAAACCCAGUACGACGCGUUGGACGAAGAGUACCGAAUGUUCAUCGAAAAGUACAACUACAACCAUCGGCCCUCCAUGCCCCACUUUGGGACUUAUCGAACGGAUAAUGAGUUCUGGCACUGGGGCCACGAAGACGCGCACGCGGCUAGCGUACACGACGCGCGGACUAGUUUGGUAUUCGUCUCAGUCUCGAUAUCAUUCGACCACGUAUUCCUAGAUGAUUUCUCUACAUUUAGUUCCCAUUUUAGUCACCCCACGCAGAGCGAGAACGUGAGCCUGGAGGCGCUGCGGCGGGCGGCGAGCGGGCCCAGCGAGGCCGAGAGGAGAGACGCGGAGAGGAGGAAGGUGUCCCUCAACAACACCUUCCGCACUGCGCCCUUCGACCAUCUGCUGCACAUCACGCAGCCCAAGUACGAGAUCCAAGACAAGCUGGAAGAGAUCUUCAACUCCAUCUCCGAGGAGCCCCUUCUGCCCAUCGGAGCCGGCUCCCCCGCGGGCAAGACUCAGAACCAGCCUUACACCAAGUAUUUGACGGAGCUCUUUCUCUACUGA